AUGAGGGCCAAAAGAAGGAUUGUAGUCCUGGUACUUGUCCUUUCGGCACUUUUUAUAUUUUCUGCAGCAGUUAUAAUCAAUAAGAAAAGCUUGAGGAAGGAUGCCCGAGGCUGUCGUGGCACGGCCCUGUUGAGCAAGGAUGUUGGGAAGGCAUGUGGCAUGGGUCUGGACGGAAGGGCAGCAAGAGAAGGCGAGAGUUCUUUUUCUGACCCGGAAAGCGUGCCAAAGGAAGAUGGGGCUACAUGCAGGAUAUACAACAGUUUUAUGCUGGUUGUUGGGGAGGAAAACGGAGGGACAGAAAAAGAGGAUUCUUGCAGUCCUCCUUGUGACACAGAGGCCAUUGAAAACAAGCUAUUCAAGCGUUCUCCAAGGCUGAUUUCGUUUGAGGUUAAGGAUAGGGAUUCCAUGGGGGAGUAUCUGUUUGGGCUAUUGAGGAAGACGAUUGACGGUAUAUGCAGUUAUUCAUCUUCUGGGGGGAAAGAGCAGGGGAUGCCCGAGAUUACUUCAUCUCACAUAGGGCUUAUUAAUCAUUAUAUGGGAUAUCUUAGGAAACUCAUCUACAAGCUUGGGGUGAUGUACUCUGACGACUUUGAAUUAGAGAGUAUUUAUACACCGUAUUCUGAUGCGAUUGACUGCUUUACAGGAAUCAAGCUUACAAGAUACCAUACUGCAGGUGCCCUUACGAAAAACGAGGGCCGGUACAUGUCGUACAUAGAACGGUUUGUAGACAAGGAGGCAGAAGAUAUUCCAAUAAGGGUAGAGGGAGGGCGGUCUUGCUUGAACAUGAAGGACCACAUAAUGUAUGUUUUGCUUCAUUACAUUUGCCUCUUUUCUUUGAAGUCGCAAGACACCAUAGAUAUGCUUUACACGAAGCUGAGCAUGGAGAAGGUGGGCAAAUCCAAUGUCGAUCCAUUGAAGGUGGUGAACAAGUAUAGAUAUAAAGACAUAUUAGAGAGCGUAAGGCCGAUCCAUUUUGUAAAUGCGGAUGGAUACAUAGUAAAGCCCUUGAUAAAGAGAUAG